AUGCCUUCUUUGCUAGGUUUCACAGACAACGCUUUUCUUAACCGUUCUGAUUUGGUGACAGCUGCAAAAGCUCUAGUUCGGCCUCUUGAAAGUUAUCGCUCUGAUCUAGGUGCACGCGUCAAGAUUCGACCAGCAACAGUGGCGGGUUUUGACGAUGUCGCCGCGCAGCUUGAAGGCUUCUCAAGACCGUUACUGGCCAUCGGAGCUUUUAUCAAUGACGAGAGAGACAAUUUGGUUCUUCUAAGGUGGAUGAAGGGACUAGCAGCGGGUGUUGAUCCGGAUGGCGUGGAAUAUUGGGGGGAUAUGACGGAUUUCGACCAGCGGAUGGUCGAGACAGAGUCGAUUUGCCUCGCCCUACUCACUGCACCGGACCAUCUAUUGCCCCUGUUAGAUGACAAGACAAAAAACAACCUAAAGGUCUGGAUGCGGCAGAUAAACCAGCACGACAUGCCGCCAAAUAAUUGGCGUUGGUUCCGAAUCUUCGUCAACCUGACACUCAUGAGACUCUUUGAUGUGCCAAGGAGUGAGGUCAGAGACAUCAUGGACGCAGAUUUUGACCUGCUGGACUCUUUCUAUAUCGAAGACGGUUGGUCCAGCGACGGGAAGUGGUCCCACGAAAGGAAACAAGCUGAUUACUAUUCGGGAAGCUUCGCCAUACAGUUUGCUCAGCUGAUGUAUGUGAGGUUCGCGGUCGAUGAUGAUAGUCGAGUUGAGAAAUACACUCAGCAAGCAAAAGAAUUUGCUACGAAUUACUGGAGAUACUUCAAUGAAGAUGGAGCUGCCAUCCCAUUUGGGCGAAGCUUGACCUAUCGUUUCGCCUUCAGCGCUUUCUGGGCCGCCGCAGCUGUGGCUGGGAUUGAACUGCCGAACCCGGUCCAUGAGUUGGGAUCAGUCAAAGGGCUGGUCCUGCGCCAUCUGAGGUGGUGGUCUAAACAUACCGACAUGUUCAGCUCGGACGGUAUCUUAAACAUUGGCUUCACCUACCCCAACAUGUACCUCUGUGAAGACUACAAUUCGCCACAAUCUGUAUUCUGGUGCCUGAAAACCUUUGUGGUCCUAGGUCUACCAGAGGAUCAUCCAUUCUGGACUUGCGAAGAAGCCCCGUACCCUCAGAACUCGUUAGCAACGACUCAGCUAAUCAAAGCUCCUCAUCAUCUUGUGAACAAUUCCAAGGAGCAUCACUUUCUUCUUUCCUCCGCUCAAAUGACCAACAAGCUACACAAGGCCAAAGACGCGAAGUAUUGCAAGUUUGCGUACUCUUCAGCCUUUGGUUUCAGUGUGCCGACAGGCCCAUCCUUGGCACAAAUGGCUCCCGACAAUACGCUCUGUGUGAGUAACGAUGGCGGAGAGAGCUGGAAGGUCCGGAACAAUCCGAUCAACACCUGUGUCGAACGUGUAAUCAUUGGUGGAACAGAAGGACCAGUCUUGACUAGUUCAUGGAGGCCGUGGAAAAAUGUUGACCUCCAGAUUGAGACAAGUCUUAUCCCACUCGCACAGUCUUAUCCAGGCUGGCAUAUUCGAAUACAUCGGAUUCUCUGGGCGCAAGAAGGUGAGAGAACUGCGUUGGCCGACGGUUUCCAACUCAUAGACGGAGGGUUUGCGAUCCCGGCAUUCACAGCAACUGGUCACCACAUCCCUGAAUUGUCUCCAGAAAAUGCUUCCGCUGCUGAAGGAUGCCUGAAGGGAAAUAAGAGUUAUCUUGCCAAGUCUGCUUUUGGGGCGGGUGGAAUCGUUGAUCUUACGAAUACAUCUGCGAUACAGCCGAGUGUACCUCAAGAAGGGGUUGGUGAGGCCGUCGAAGGGCUGGUUGCUAGUGAAGCUCAGAUUUUGAGAGCCGAUCCCAACUCAAAUUUAAUCCACCCUAGGACAUUUAUACCGAUCUUAAAGCAUGAGUUUGUCCCCUCGCGAACUGAAGAGAUGGGCGCCUUUCAUAGCACACCAUUCAAGGAGACAUGGCUUGUUUCUGGAGUGUUUGCAGUGUCCCUUUCAGAGUAUUGGUCCGGCGACAUAUCGAAACUAUGGGCGAAUCGGCCCAGGAUAUCAGUCAUGAAUCGUCAGUCGUCUUCUGGGAGCUUGCGUUUCAAAGUAGAAUGA